GGAAGCAGUAAACAAAAUUAAUGAAUCUGAAUAUCGACAGCAAUUUCAGCUUCACUUGUAGGUUACUACAAAAGCAAUGCGACACUCAACAAGUUGGCAUACAGGCUGCCUGGGAUCUUGUCGAUUUACUUAAAUGCUUAAACGCCAAGGAAAAGCUCCUGCUGGCCAAAUACUUUUGUCGAUUGCCUUUGAAUGUUGGCAGCUUUCGUGUGCUGCGGCAGUUGCAAGAUCUAAGAAUUCUGACAGCCACAGAAUAUAUUUGCAGCAUCGAAAAUGAGGAACAAUUGCAAUUGAUUUUAAUUGAGUUCCUGGAAAAUCAAAAUGCGCUUCUCUCCAAUCUAUUCAUUUCAGCUCUUUAUGAUUCAUUAAAUACUGUGAGACUGAAUAUCAUUCUCGAAAAUGCUUUGCGGCAUCUCUUCAGCGCUCUAGCUGAGAAUCCAAAGAUCAGCAAUCUAAACUAUGUGGAUUCAUUGUGUAAAUCUCUACCUGAUGAUGUAUUAAUCAAUGUGUGUUUGCAAAUGCAUUUGAAUAUACUAUUGGAGUUGCAUGAGGUUAACGAUGUUAGUCUGGCCUUUAAGUCAUUUAGCGCUUGGAUUAACGAGGGCGUCGAUGAAUUUAUCUUUAUCAAGCAUAUAACGGGAAAACUCCUUGGCGGUCAUCAGCAGGAAGCCUUAUCUCAUCUAUUCAAAUUAUCUACGGCUUUGAAUUUUAAGCAAUGGAAAUUCUAUCUGAUUUUGGUGCAGUCCAUUGCCAGUAGUUGCAGUGCUGAGACGAGCACAUUUAUUAAAAAAUACCUUAAGAAUCGUCUACAGCACGUUGCCAGUUUGGGCUGUCAAUUUUCGCUAUUGCAUCUUCUGCUCACAGCUCGCGCUGCUGCGGCGACAACGAUGAAUAUUCAAAAGAAUUUGGAUAACUAUGCCCAGUGGUACAAGCAAAACAUCGGUAAAAUGUCCUCUGUGCUGAGCCUGGACCAUUUUCAAUCAGUAUUAAAUAUUCUCGCAGAUUCCAUUCAUUAUGAAUUGGAAAUUGAUUAUCUUGAGAUUCAUGCCGCGAUUGCCAUCUCUCCUGGCGGCAAACUCGUCCAGUCAUAUAAAGCCAAUUGCAAGGCGCAUUUAUCGUGCUUAAAAGCUGCCAGCAAGCAAAAAGAUGGUAAAUAA